GGCCUCCUCAUUUUCAAGUCCAGUCCGGUUCGGUUCGGUUCGAGCCUCUCCGUUUUCACUCCAAUGUCAACGGCCGUCGAACUGCGCAUGUCCCCGCGGCUGAGGAGCCGCGCCUCCUCUUCUCCGGCCUCCGCCCAGAGCAGCGACCACCGCCCCCCCGCCGGCGAGCAGCAGAACCCCCGACCCGACAAGCUCUUUUCCGAGGAGGACGAGAUCCGGCUCCUGAAGUCCCUCUCCAAGCUCACCAACCCCACCGCGGACCCUCCGACCCUCGACCGCAUCGAGAAGUCCCUCGGGCCCAGUUUGACCCGCGCCCAGAUCGCCAACAAGAUCCGGCGGCUCCGGCACAAGUACCACAGGCAGGCGCGGACCAAGGCCCUCAUAAGGACCCCGCACGACCGGAAGGUGUUCGAGCUCGCCCGCGACGUGUGGGGCAAGAGGCUGAGCUCCAGGAAGGAGAGGAAGGAGAGGAAAGGCAAGGAGGAGAAAAAGCAGCAAGCGAAUUUGGAGGAAGAGAGGGAGAAAGACGAGGGCGAGAUUCUGGGUGGCGAGGAGGAGAGCGGAGGCGUCGUCGCCGCCGCCGCCGUCGCCGUCGCCGACCUGGGGAGCUUCCCGGCGCUGGUGGAGGAGUGCGAAAGGUGCUUCCCCGGGAACGGAGUGUGGAGGGAAGGGCUCAAGAGGUUGGAGGAGGGCAGGUUGAGGAAGGUGAACGAGAGGGUCGUCUGGCUGAGGAUGGAGGAGGCGACCCUGAUGGCCAAGAAGGCCGAGUUGACUCAGGACCUCACUCGGAUGAUCCUCGAUUCCGUGGCCCCUUCUUCUUCCCAAGCUCCCACUGCUUAACCGCACGCAUCGUUUUCCUUCUUCUAGCUUUCCCCUUUUUUUGCCUCUGUAGUUUGCUAACAGAAGUGCAAGCAUCGCUUUGCACUGUAGUCGUGCAAGAUCUGAUCUUUUUACUCGAGUGUCUACUAAAUCGCAUGUUGAGAGGAUUUCGUCACAGAUGUUUUAGGCAACGAGGAAGCUGCAUGCAUAAAAAGAAACUACCAAAGCGAUGAAACAUGACUACUCGCCAAAAGCCGAGUGUCCCAGGAUUGCAGAAACCAGCGCCGAUCAUUUAUCGUCCUUUACGUCGAUGCCGGUAGGAGGAGAAAAGAUGAGUUGGCAAGAAAGUUUCGCCUGUAAUGUGCAGGUCUGGAAAAGCAGACGUGCAUGCAGAUAGAAAAAAUUGACAGUCUUCCUCGCC